AUGGCAUAUCCAACUCAAUAUAAUACAGGAGAUUGUCCAGAUACUCACCCUGUUCGUUUACCUGGAAUUUUCUUUGAAGCUUUUUAUAGUAUCGAUAAAUUUCCUCAUGGAACAGGUCGACAACCAUUUGUUCUAGCAAAUGGUGAUCCAACUGGUUAUGGUUUUCAUGGAGAUUUUGUUAAUGGAUGGGAUUUUGAUAUAAUGAAAAAUAUGCUUUCAGAUAAAUCAUGUUUUGCAAGUAGUACUAAUCAAGGUAAUAAUCCUGAACGUUGUUUAACUUUAAAACCAUUUGUUAAAUCAUCUGUUGAUUCGAAUUGUGAAUUAACUAAAUCUAUUCCAUUAACUGAGAAUAUUGGAAUGGUUGAACCUAUUAAACGAUUACCUGGUUGUAAUCCAAUUACUUAUUCAAAUCCUGUUAUAUGUUCAGAAGGUAGUAAUCCUAAAUCAAUGGAUAAUACGGGUACUUUUCAUAUUCAAUCAAAAUUAACUGGUCGAUAUAUUACUUUUGAUCCUAUUACUCAAAUAGUCUAUGCUAAUGCAUCAAUAAUUAAUCCGAGUUAUCGAGAAACAUGGGGUUUAGGUUGGGCUACAAAAGAUUUAGGACGUACGAUACGUAAUACAGAACUAAACAGACAUUUUACAAUGCAAGAUAAACUCAAAGUUCGUGGUCCUGAAGCUAGUAAUUGGGAAAUAUUUAGUUUUGAACAACAUUCAACUAAUGAUUAUAUUGCUAUUAAAAAUCUUCGACAUGAUAAAUAUUUACAAGUUGAACCAGAUUUUACUAUCAGUGGUAAAGCAACAGUUAUUACGGAUGCUUGUCUUUUUCGAUUGGUCACACCCAAUGGUGGUCAUGUACCUGAAGGAUUAAAAAUAUCGGAUUUAAUCAAUUUACAAGAUUUAUCAAGUAGUCUCGGAUAA